AUGAGGUGCAAGGCGUUCGUUGAUAUCAUGAGCGAGUGGUACACGGAUCGAUGGGGUGUCCUGGCAUGCUUCAUUUCCGUGCUGCUUUUCGCUUACUCUGUGAAGCUGACUCAGUGGUUCUCGGCGAAGCUGAAACUGUUCCUUCCUCGCCGAAAAACGGAACGGGAUGCGCGCAUUGAGGCACUUACAUCGGAAUUGAGGAAAACAAAAUUCGAAUUGGAGAAACUUUCUCCAACUGAUCACUUUGCUGCUUAUUUCAAGAAGGAUCGAAUUUUGCUCAAACAUACAGACGAACUAAAAACUUUGAUUUCCAGCCGUCAGAAAGAUGCAACGGUUACGUCAACACUGUUUCUGAUAGCUGCCGGAAUACUGGUGCAGUUAAUCGCAUUGUCUCUUAUGGUUUACUCAAGUAGUGUUAUCGUCACAUAUAUCAAUUCUUCCUACUUUUGGCCGUUUAAUUUCAUGCUACACAUACCAAAUGUGACACCGCCGAAAGGAAGGAAUGAUGAAAACAAUGCAGAAACACCAGUAACUCUUUUCGCAUUUUUGUCGCUAUUGAUUUUUGCCUGGCAAACAGCUCGUCCAAGGAGCAGUGGCUUGAAAACGAAAUCGGUGUGA